GGGCGGGACCUGAGGUGGGGCGGGGCUUAUGGAGAUCGCAAGCCGGGCCUGAAGAGAAGGCCGGGGUUGGAAGCUGCGAGGGGCCGGGUUUAGCGGGGUGGGCGUGGCCAUCGAGGUGGGGUUUAGGGAGCGAGUCUAAAGGAACCUGGGGCAGAGCUGAAAGAGGGAAGAGUUCGCAAGGCCUGGGUCCUUCUCCGCGGGAGCCCCGUUGAGCGGGGUUCUGAGGCGGCGGCGGUGGCAUCAGUCCAGGGCCUGCCCCACGAGCUCAUCUUGUCCCCUUUCGCCCCUAACGCCCCCAGCUCUAGACUCUAGGCCCUGUCCCCUGAGCUCUGCCCUCGGAUGUCCGACCGCCCAGAGCCUGCAUGCGCCGUGGGGCGCCCCAGGACCAGGAGCUGGUGGGCCCGGGGGCCCCUAGCCGGGGGUCCCGGGGCACCCCUCCUCCCUUGGGACCCGUUGUCCCGGUCCUCGUCUUUCCCCCGGAUCUAGUAUUCAGAGCGGACCAGCGGAGCGGACCCAGGCAGCUGCUGACCCUCUAUAACCCCACAGGAACUGCGCUUCGCUUCCGAGUCCUGUGCACAGCACCUGCCAAAUACAGGGUGUUUGACGCAGAAGGAUACGUGAAGCCUCAGUCCUGCAUUGACAUUGUGAUUCGCCACUUGGCCCCCAUUCCCAGCCACUAUGACAUCCAGGACCGCUUCCGCAUUGAGCUGUUUGAGGAGGGCGCUGACGGCCGAGUAGUGGGACGCAAGGACGUCACCUCGGUUCUGAGGGCUCCAGCAUACCCCCUUGAGCUUCAGGGACAGCCCGACCCGACACCCCACCCAGGGCCUCCUGCUGGGACAGCACCACCCACGGCAAAACACAUCCAGGAGAACCCCCACCAGCAACUGGCCACUAGCUCCUUCCUCCUGUUCUUGCUGACGGGGACCAUCUCUGUGGCCUUCCUGCUGCUCCCACUCCAGGACGAACUUGGCAGCCAGCUGCCUCAAGUCCUGCAUGUCUCCCUGGGACAAAAGUUGGUGGCAGCCUACGUAUUGGGACUCCUCACCAUGGUGUUCCUCCGGACCUGAGCCCCCUGCUCAAACCCGCCCCCCCCGGCCUCUGACCUGGGCAGGGACUUGAGGUAGCCACUGUGAUGCCCCUACCUUGCCUCAACUCCUCUUUUCCCCUUCGUGCCCCACCCCCCAAAAUACCCAGGGAUUUGUACUCAUUUUCCAAGUUGAAUAAAAUACAUUUUUAAAAU